AAGAAAAGAAAAAGAGAGAGAGAAAAACAAAAAGAGAGACUACAUCAAAAAAUAUCACACGAAAGUGCAAUCUUAGUCAUUAGAUUGAAAGGAAAAGGAAAGAGCUGUCACGAUUUCAUGUGAUAUCCUCUUGCACCCCCUCUCUAUCUUUUUGUUUUCAUGAGCAUUCGACUUUUUAAACACUUCUUUCUCUUUUUUUCGCUUUUUCUUAAACUCUAACCAUGGUCCUUACUCACGCGCAAGUUGACGCUUUCAACCGUUAUAUGGCUACCACUGUAGGUAGAGAAAAACUCUGCCGUUUUGUCCAAUACUUUGCUCGCUUUUAUGCGUACUAUUUAUUCCGCAACGGUGCACCCAAGGAGACAAUUCAGCGAUGGGCUGACCUAAAGACUCAUCUUGGUAAUGGCCGAAAGUUCUUCCGUCUUUUUAAGCCUGUCGAGUUUGCUCAAGUCGGCGUCAAGAGCUUGGGUCUUUCUGACGAAGUUUUGCGCUAUACUGCCGUAUUGAAGCAAGCCGGUAUGUUCUUUUACUACAUGAGUGAAGCCCUCGUGUUGGCAAACUCGAUCAACUUUUAUAAGCCUUCUAAUAUUAAGCAAAUCACUGAAUUCGGCCAACGAUGCUGGUUGAUUGCUCUUGCGGCCUCUUUGCUCUCAGGUCUGUAUAAAUUUAGACAAUUGAGCAUUCGUGAACAUAUGCUUGAAAAGACCCGUAAGGCUCUUGUCAACUCUUCAGAAAAGACAGAAUCACAAACAGUUGAGUUGAAGACUCAGGAGAAGGUUCUUGCCAAAGACAAAUACAACACUAGAUACCAGUUUAUUCAGGAUGCUGUAGACACGAUUAUUCCCCUUGCUGGGUUAGGCUACCUUAAAGCCGAUGAAGGAAUUGUUGGUUUAGCUGGUAUGACUACCUCUUUCUUGGCAAUGAAUACUCAGUGGAAAAAAGUGAACGCUUAAUAUAUUCUUUUAAUAAACAUAUUCAUGUAUAAACAAACGCACAAUACCCUGCAUGAUAGCUGAAUUUAUAAGCAUUUUGCAUGUACAAAAGUACUUUUUUCCUAUUCGGUUUUAUGAGACGGGAAUCUACAGAUUCUUGUUUUUAAAAUAAGCAAGCAUAUAGUCUUUAGUUUAAAUAUACACAUGAGAUAUUCAGCAUUAGGGAAUAUGAACGGAUGACGCGUUUAAUAAACUUUAUUCACAAUGUGUAUUGACUUUUUUAAGGCAC